CGAAACCGAAAUCGAACCAUCUUCCACCCAUGAGAGAAAAAGUUGCGUCCAUGCGCUUCGACUUUCUGUGGUCGGGCCCUAAUUCACAAAAGAACAUCCGAAAAGAGCUACAUUGGCAACUUGCUGAUCAAGCUAUUGAUUGGUAACCUUGAUAUGCCACCGCCGACAACUUCUUUCGAAGUAUACGUUUCGAAGGAUACGUUCAAAUUCAACGCCGCUCAUUUCGUGGCCUUUCAAGGAUACCGUGAACGACUCCACGGUCACAACUACCGCAUCGGUGUUCGUCUUUUGGGUCGUCGGCAGAUCGGCGCCGACGGAUAUUUGAUCGAUUUCGGUUGCGUCAAGGAUGUUUGCAAAAAAGUGUGCAAACGCAUCAACGAGCAUUUUCUAUGUCCGGUACAUUCCGAUGUAUUGAAAAUCACGACGGAGAAUGAAUCAGUGCGCAUCGAGUGUGCGGACGGCACCUAUUUCGUAUUUCCCGCCGCUGACUGUGUCAUGCUCCCCAUAUUCCACGCUACCGCUGAAGAACUCGCUAUCUAUUUGUACGCUGAAAUACUGAAUGGAUUGAACGCCGAUUACUUGCAAAAACGCGGAAUCCAUACCAUGGAGAUUGCCGUGGCCGAGGCCAUCGGACAGGAAGCAACACGAGGAGUUUGUAGACUAUAUUGGAGUUGA